AUGGGGAGCGGGCAGUCGGCAAGUGCCCAAGAGGUCGGGCGGAUGGAGCCCCGGAGCAUCCCAAGAGAGUGGUAUACGGCCCAGACUCCCACACUCUCGGCCUCGGUUGGCAGAGGGUUCAGUCCGCGCGAACGGUGCCGACCCGAGCGGCUCCAGCUGUCCCCGCGUCCAGAAUUCCGAGAUCUCGGCCUGGAUGCUCGGAAUCGCCUGGCGCUCCGGAGGCGAUGCGGCUCCGUGCCUCAGCAGGGACUGAAACGUAGAGCUUGA